AUGCACCGACUUCCACACACCAAUCACAAGAGCACGCUUGUGAUUGGUGUGAUGACAAAAUUGAUACCACAAAACUUAACAAUUUCAGCAAGGAAGUCACAGAUAUUUACGACACAUGCAUACAACCAGCCAGGCGUGCUCAUCCAAGUUUUCGAGGGCGAGGCAUCUAUGACAUCACACUGCAACCUGCUUGGAAAGUUUGGGUUACAACAGGAGAAAAAACUCUCAAAGGCACAGGUGGACAAGAUGGUUGCAGACGCAAAGAAGUUCAAGGCGGAGGACGGCAAGAUGAUAACUAUUGAGGCUAAAAAUCGACACUAA